UUCCUUGUGUUAUCUAUGUAAAAACCAUCCAAAAUUUUAAAGAUGAUCAGUGCAUAUAAAUAGUGCAUCAGAUAGUUCAUCUAGCAUAGUCUUACUAAAGCAUCCAAUAUGAGAAGUCUAACGAUAUUAGGAAUUUUUGUGUUGGCGGCAGUAGCCGUUCAGAACAUUGAAGCCUUUUCUCUUAGAUGGAAUAAUUUCAAUAAGAACAGAUAUGUGCACGAGGAAUCCUCUAGCCCAGCAUCACCACCAUCUGGUUCUCCACCUUCUCCACCAUCUGGUGCCCCAAGAGUGAGGGAUGACGCUUCUUCCACUCCUCCACCACCGCCAUCUGGUUCUCCACCCUCUCCACCAUCUGGUAGCCCAAAAGUAAGAGAUGACGCUUCUACCACUCCUCCACCACCACCAUCUGGUUCUCCACCCUCUCCACCAUCUGGUAGCCCAAAAGUAAGAGAUGACGCUUCUACCACUCCUCCACCACCACCAUCUGGUUCUCCACCUUCUCCACCAUCUGGUAGCCCAAAAGUAAGAGAUGACGCUUCUACCACUCCUCCACCACCACCAUCUGGUUCUCCACCCUCUCCACCAUCUGGUAGCCCAAAAGUAAGAGAUGACGCUUCUACCACUCCUCCACCACCACCAUCUGGUUCUCCACCUUCUCCACCAUCUGGUAGCCCAAAAGUAAGAGAUGACGCUUCUACCACUCCUCCACCACCACCAUCUGGUUCUCCACCCUCUCCACCAUCUGGUAGCCCAAAAGUAAGAGAUGACGCUUCUACCACUCCUCCACCACCACCAUCUGGUUCUCCACCCUCUCCACCAUCUGGUAGCCCAAAAGUUGAAGAUGACGCUUCUACCACUCCACCACCACCACCAUCUGGUUCUCCACCCUCUCCACCAUCUGGUAGCCCAAAAGUAAGAGAUGACGCUUCUACCACUCCUCCACCACCACCAUCUGGUUCUCCACCUUCUCCACCAUCUGGUAGCCCAAAAGUAGGAGAUGACGCUUCAACCACUCCUCCACCACCACCAUCUGGUUCUCCACCUUCUCCACCAUCUGGAAGCCCAAAAGUUAGAGAUAACGCUUCUACCACUCCUCCACCACCACCAUCUGGUUCUCCACCCUCUCCACCAUCUGGUAGCCCAAAAGUAGGAGAUGACGCUUCUACCACUCCUCCACCACCACCAUCUGGUUCUCCACCUUCUCCACCAUCUGGUGCCCCAAGAGUGAGGGAUGACGCUUCUUCCACUCCUCCACCACCACCAUCUGGUUCUCCACCUUCUCCACCAUCUGGUGCCCCAAGAGUGAGGGAUGACGCUUCUUCCACUCCUCCACCACCACCAUCUGGUUCUCCACCUUCUCCACCAUCUGGGGCUCCAAGAAACUAA